CAUCAAUGCGAUGAAUAACACUUCAAGAGAAGAAAUAAACUUCCACUCUAAUGCAGAUCUGUUCAGAGCGCGCGUCUGACAUAAAAAGGACAAGAAUACUUGAUGCGCAGUCGUUUAAAAAGUUUUCUGUGUAGACAAGAAUGUCUUGGCUAAUUGUAUUAUUUAUUUUUCUUUUCAUUUCUCCUCAAAGCAAUGCGAAACAAGAGAAACACUUCCUCCACUACAAGCAUACAGUCCUGACCAAAGCAGACACACUGCCAGUGUUCAGCGCUGUGGGUGAGUCUGAUGACAGACAGAUCACUCACUACAGUAUUAAAGAACAAGUCUGGAUAAGGGAGAAUCUGACUGUGGAUGACUGGAAUGAAGCUCCGGAGCCGCCAGAAACUAGAGACUGGUUCUUAAAUUAUCUGUAUGAUCUGUCAGAGUGCAAAAACCAUGCAGAGUGUUCUGAGCUCCAUGUACUCCAGAGAAUAAGUGGCUGUGAGCUGGAAAAACUUUCUAAUGGAACAGUAAAGAGUCUGAAGGCCUUUGAUGAGUUUGCAUACGAUGGAAAGGAUUUUAUUACUUGUAAGUAUGACCUUCUUCCAUGGCUGGAUAAAGUCAUAGAAACCAAAAUGGAUCAUCAAACUGGACGAAUGGAUUUCCUCAUAAACUGCACUAAGUGGAUCUCCACAUUUAACAACACAUAUAAGAGUCGACCAGAAGUUUACGUCUUUGCGAGAACAUUUCCUGAUGAUCAGAGCAAGCUGGUUCUGACCUGUCUGACCACUGGUUUCUACCCCAAAAAUGUUGAGAUGAACAUUAGAUUGGACAGAACUGUCCUUGAAAAACAAAUAUUUUCUGAAAUCAGACCAAAUGCUGAUGGAUCCUUUCAGAUCAGAUCCAGCGUGAAGAUCGACACAAACCAUAAAGGAUCUUAUGACUGUUUUGUCAUUCACAGCAGUCUGACAGAACCAGCUUCAGUAGAAUGGGAUGGAAACUGUUCUAACUGUGAAACAGAAUCUUCGCAGUCUGUUACAGCAGGAGUAGCAGUAGCAGUAGCGGCAUUUCUAGUCUUUCUCAUUGUGAUUGUUUGCUGCAUAUACAAAAGGAGAAGAUCAAAUGGUCUGUGAAGUUACCAGUAGGAUAUAUAAGAUGAGUAGUUAUGAUUUUACAUUUACAUUUAGUCAUUUACCCAAAGCAGCUUUCAGUAGGACAAUAGAAGCAAUCAAACUGACAAAGGAGCAAUGAUAUGUAAGUGUUUUGACAAGUCCCAGUCAGUCCAAUGCAUUACGCAAGGUUUUUUUAAAAUAAUAAAUACAAAUAAAAAAAGAAGAUAUAAUAGAAAAAUAAAAGGGAACGCUAGAGGGUCUUUUUUUAUAAUAAAUGAAAAGAAAACAAGUAGAUACUGUAGAAUAGAAAAAGAAGACCCUCUAGUGUAAUCUUAAUAGAGAUUAUUAUUAUUAUUAUGAUGACAUUGAAAUGUGACGUUUCAUUUUUCCACAUUUAAGAUUUUCUCUAAACAUUUCAAAGGAUAAAGAAUACAUCAAAUGUGUAACAUGAAAUGUAGUUCUCCAUUCUCAGGUAAACUGACAGGAACACUCCACUUAUCUGUCACCGUUUGGACAAAUACCUGUAGUCUCACCCCCAAACUCAUGCCAUUGGUUGAGUCACACGUUGACUCAAACAGAUCAAUAUUUGUUACAAAAUCAAACUACUAGUGACUUCUAGUGUACUGCAUACUAAAAUAAGUGAAAUUAUCUCUUAUAUAGGCCUGUUUAUUUUGUCUUUGCUACUUGAGUGAUGUGAGCAUUUUUUUAAUAAACAAAUUAUACAUUUUUAAUACAUUUUUUUUUAAUACUUUCAUAAAAUCAGUUCCAUUUUAUUUUAUAUUUUGAUUUCCAGUCUGUAAACAUAUAAACCACAUUGGUAAAACAUUGAAUCUAUGACUCAUUUCUAAUCAGAGCUUGAUGACUCGAUCUUAAAUGACAGUAUGGACAGCUUAACUGAAAUUACUGACACUGAAAUCAUUUUUAACUACUAUUUGUAAUCAAAUUGUCAUAUACUUUUUAUAUGACAAAUAUGACUUUUAUAUGCAGUAAAAGACUGUAAUAGAAGUUUUGAAAAAAAAUCAGGAAUAUUUCUAGAGCAAAUGUUACAGUGCAAAUACAACCUGCAACUUUUGAUUGGAGUCAAACCACAAAAUAUAAAGAUAAAUAUAUGUUAUUUAUAACAAAAUUCACCAAAUUUUCAGAGCAAAUUUUAUAUCAAUUAUGUUAUAUAACUAUUUCAUAUUUUGCAGACUUCUUGGCUUGCAGGAUUCUAAUAAGAGGUAAUUGCAAACCAAAAUAUUUUAUUUAUCUAAUGUGAAUGGGGAAAACAAAUAAUAGAGAAUUAAGCACACAUAUUGUUGAUUAUCACAGUACUAAGCUAAAAUGUGAUGUAUGGCCAUCAGGCAAUGACAUACAUCUGUUAUCAGUACAAUUAUAUUUUAUGAUAAAUUCCUAUCAAGAAAAUUCAUGUAAGAUAAUAAAAAUGUUUUCUUAAAGAUAUUUCUUAGGGUGAAGAUGGGCAGCAUUUGUAAUAGUGUUUCACUAAUAACUGCUGUAGUAUUUCAGUGUUUCAAGCCUCACAGCAGCCGUGUUUAAGGCCAAAUUUAUGUGAUAUAUCUAUAGCCUUUCAUUUAAUAUAUCUAUAUUUAUGCUGUUGACAUGAAGGCCCUUCCUUUCAAAUGAUGUUUUUAAAUCCUAUCUGGAGACUUAUUUCUUUUUAUCUUUUAAGUCUGUGAACCCCUGUUGUCUUUGGUUUUGGCAGCUGAUUUGUCUUUGUGUGUCUUUAUUCAUUGUAAUUUGUAAUGUAUGAUGUUGCAUUGAUUAUCUGUGUCUCUAUAAUGUUCCUCUAGCAGUUAAUCAUGAUCACAGUGUUAGCAAUGCCAUUGUCAUUUAAUUCCCAGAGAAAAUAUGUAUUGAUCAAAUUUAUAAGCUUGAAUGCAUUUUACAGUAAGUCUCUUUGAUAAGUUUCUGACAAAUGCAUAAAUGUGCCUGUUUGGACGAUGUGUUGUGUUCAGUGUGCAAUAUCAGAAAUAAAUGUCUUCACCGAUUUCCAACUCA